AUGCCGACCCUGGUAAAUUAUAAUCAAUCAACCUUCAAGGAUCAUGCGAAGCCAAACAAACGUCGCUUGCAAGAACUACAACACUCUGAAGCCCGAGCUCACGCUGCCCGGGUGGCGUAUUGGCGCAAGAAAGGCAUUCCCGUGACCAAGCCGGUGCCGCCGCCGCGCAGAAGGAGCGACAAAAUUAGUGAGGGAGAUUCCUCAUCGAAGGAGCCAUCCAGCACUGGAGCCAAUAUCAAGCAGGAGUCAGAGAGGUCUGAUGAUAUCUUCCUUCAAUGGAACUGUAGCCCAUCUGCAGGCGCGGUCGUUGCGAGCGACCCAUUGUUCGCUACAGAUGUUGAUCGUAAAUCAGAGAAAAAAUACGCACCAGGCAGCCAGUCUGGCUCAAUUUCAACAAUAUCUUGUCCAACUCCGACCUCGAGCAAAGAGAAAUGGCGCCGUCGAUCAGAAACUGCCUCAUCACACGAAAGCAGUCAAGGAGCUAUUUGUGACCUGCCGGCCGAUCUAGUCCGACUCGCUCGCCAUCCGACUUCGCUCUUAUUUGACCCGUUUGACUCUGUACCAGUCCGACAAGGCGAUGAGGUUGUCACAGCUAUGGAUCACUAUAUCCACAACUGGGCGCCUUCGCAAAGACCUGGUUUGAAAUACCAAACCAAAGACAAUCCUCUUAUCCGGGACGCUUUCCCUUCUGCUCUACAAAACGUAGAGCUCUUCGAAGCGACUGUGGCGCUUUGCCUGAGUUUUAGAGCAGCGGGUCAAAACUUUCAGAAACGGAUUUGCAACUGGUCGCUCUAUCACAAAGGUCAGGCGCUCAGUGGAAUACGGACCAAGUUGAACUCGGGGUGCGUUGACGAAGCUGUUAUUCUGGCAACAGUCUUCCUCAUGAUUAUUGACAACGUAUUCUUGGAUGUCGUUGCCUACGCAGCGCACUUGAACGGUCUCAGAAAAAUGAUCAAAGCAAUAGCCCCAAGUACUAUGGAGACAUUUGGAGGUACUCUUUUGUCUUUCAUAUCCUGGGCCGAAUCCAAUGCUUUGCUGAUAUUUGGCGAUCGCGUUGCCCCGCAUGACCCUACCUUUGACCGCGCUCAGUUACAGUACCCAAGUCAGCCAUAUCCGCCGGCAAUAAUAAAGACGGUUGCCGCUUUGACCGUGGGGUUUCAAUCCGUGGCCGCGGAUGGUCACCUGUCUAGUGACGUCCUCUCUAUUCUUGCAAAUACGAUUCGUUGGACAAAGUGCAUCGACCGAGAACCAGGGUCCGAGGCACCGUCGGAGGAUGAUCAAGCGUUCCUAAUGAGCUUUGAUCCCCGCCUCCACAGUGCCCAAAUUAUGAGAUUAUGUCGACUUUCCAACGAGGAACGGAAAGUGGAGAGAGCAGUCUGCAAAGCGCUGUUCAUCUAUCAUGCAAACCUCUUGGGCUGGACCUGUCGUUGUUCAGGAUACCGUCGCAUUGUCGAAGAACUUGGAGACGCGCUACGUUGCUGGAUAUUCGAAGAGGCGUGGGCCAGAGAUCUAUGCGAGUGGCUCGCCCUGCUGACGGCGAAUGCGGCACGGCGAGGCCGGUUGGAUUACUUGCAGAUGGAAGUGAUGGCCAAGUUUGUGGCCUGCGAAUACCCGGCGCGGGGAUGGGAAUCUGUUCGAGGAGGGCUGAAGAAAUUCUUGUUGCACAGUAGAUUGGAGCGCGAGUGGAAACAGUGUUGGGAGACGGCAGUGAUGUCAGGAGCGGGAUAA